UGCAUCCUUCAAGUGUGUGUGCUCAGUGAUGAAAGCGCUGGAUCAGGCUUAGGGUUAGUUCAACGCCACUGAGAAAAUUCCUUAUUUCUCUACAGGCCAUCAUCAACUCCAAGGUGGCUCGACACCAAGCCAGACAGUAGCUGUGGCGUCAGAGGCUUCGGGUUAGUCUUAAUGUUCACACAGACACAGUCGCUGCACAGUCCUGACCUCCAGUAGCACAGGCGGCACAGAGGGCAAGAUACGAGCGUGUACUGCUGCGAGUAAAGAAGCGCGUGCAGCAGGAAGAACCUCGUAAAAUCAUGCUGAAUUAACUGGAGUAGAAGCUCGGAUUCAGUGGUCCGGCUUCGAGCUCGUUCAGGAUUUAUUAGCUGCAGCGUGAGACAAGAGGGACAGCGAAAGAAGAAGUGUGUGUGUGUGAGAGAGAGAGAGAGAGAGAGAGAGAGAGGGAGGUGGGCAUCUUUCAAGUCAUGGAAGUUAGGAUGGAGAACAUCGGGAACCUUCACACGGUUUCACAUUCUCAUCAGACGGACAAUUUGAUGAACUCUCCUCACACGAGGCAGUCGGUGUCGCACCGGAACCUGCACUGCCGAUCAGCCACCAUGGUGUCUAGCAUGGCCUCGAUCCUGGACGCGGCUGGGGAAUAUCGCAGCGAGCACUCGCUGUCCGCUCCUCUUCCCCCUGCUAUGACUAUGUCCUGCGAUUCUGGCAUGAGCAUCAGUAGCACGUACACCACUCUGUCACCGCUACAGCACUUGCCUUCGAUAUCUACGGUACCGGAGAAAUUCUCGCAUCACCAUUAUCCGCACCCGCAUCACGCGCAUCAUCAUCCCGCGCACCAGCGCCUGACUGCUGGAAACGUCAGCGGCAGCUUCACGCUAAUGCGCGACGACCGCGGCUUGGCCUCCAUGGGCAACCUGUACGCCCAUUAUCCCAAAGACAUCUCCUGCAUGGCACAGCCGCUCUCGCCGCUGUCCAGCGGCUUAGGCACGUUGCAUGACGCGCAGCAGCCUCUUGGCGCCUACGGUCCUGGUGCUCACCUCUCCAACGACAAGAUGAUCUCGCCAGGAGGCUUCGAGACUCACGCGGCGAUGCUAGGUCGGGGUGAUUUUGGGGGCCACGGUACCGGACUCAUGUCCACUCUGAACGGCCUACACCACCCAGGUCACUCGCAGUUGCACUCUAGUGGAUCUAUGCUGUCGGAACGCGACAGGCACGAAGCCGGAGGCACCCAAGCAGGCGGAUCCAGCCAAGCAGAGGAGAUCAACACCAAAGAGGUGGCACAGAGAAUAACGGCCGAACUGAAAAGGUACAGCAUUCCGCAGGCUAUCUUCGCCCAGCGGAUACUGUCUCGGUCCCAAGGCACACUAUCUGACCUCCUGCGGAAUCCUAAACCGUGGAGUAAACUAAAGUCAGGACGGGAGACGUUCAGGAGGAUGUGGAAGUGGCUGCAAGAGCCCGAGUUCCAGCGCAUGUCGGCUCUUAGACUCGCAGCUUGUAAGCGAAAAGAGCAAGAGCAGCUGAAGGAACGCAGCCCAGUCCCUAAAAAGCAGCGUCUUGUGUUCACUGACCUGCAGCGACGCACACUUAUUGCCAUCUUCAAGGAGAAUAAGCGGCCCAGCAAAGAAAUGCAGCUGACCAUUGCACAACAGCUGGGCCUAGAGCUCAACACAGUGAGCAACUUCUUCAUGAAUGCCCGGCGUCGCUGCAUUAACCGUUGGCAUGAAGAGCACCAGCAAGGCCAAGGAAGCAGCCCCGGGCAGGCUGGAACCUCCACUGCCAAUUUCUCUAAAGCCUGAGGAGAACAGCUUCCUCCCAGGUGGCCUCAAAUGUGCUAAUUCCUUCAGACAUCAUACAGUGUGUCAUGUAAUCCCACUUGCUGCCAACAAUCAGCAACACUUCUCAUCAAUGCAAUCUUUAAGCAGGACAACAGGCAAAAAUCAGACACGUGUGCCUGAGGUCAGUUUGCGUCUUCAAAAGAGGCAUUUUGGACCCUCAGUAGCUUCCUUACAGCAACCAUGGACCACAAGUAGCACAGGGGUGUGUACACAAACAGGCCAAAGUUAAACAUGUAACAGGGCAGCAAUACACACCGCAACAGUUGGCUCAUUGUCUAUUCAAGACUUCUCCACUCAUCUUCUCCCAUAUACUACUACAAUUAAGUAAUGGCUGUUUAAGGGCACUUCUCAGAUCAUACACUAUACUAAUGAUGGUGAGGAACUGAAGCAGAUGUCCUUGCUCUCCACCAAAGGUGAAGCAUACUUCACCCUUCCCAGCAAUGAAAUUGCAGACAUGCCAUUUCGAUUUAUUUUGCACAAACAGAGAUGGCAGCAUGCUCAGGGGACUUUUAACCCCUCUUGUCAAUAGCCAAAAUAAUUACUAAUAUGCCUGUGUACUGCAGUAUUUACAAUCAGCACAUGACAACCAAAUCCUCCUGUGCGUCACAGUCAUUAUCCAGAAUCUAUAGGGUUACACUGCCACCUGCUGAUCAUAACAGUGCAUUGCUGUCAAAAUCAGUGAAUUACUACUGAAAUGCUAGGAACCAAAUGAACCAUGUGCUUGCUGUCACCCUCCCUAGUUGGUAGCUGUGGUUUUAUAGAUGAGAGCUAGCUGGUGGGUAGGAAUUGCCAGGUGACCAAACUGGGGAGAAAAUAGUGGGAAAAAAACAACAGUGCAAUAAAGUAGGAAGACUGUAAAACCUUGGAUUCUGCCUGUUUCAGACACUGUAGAAUCUUGGUGACAAAUCAAACCUCCAGCUGAGUUUACUAUAGUAAUAUAAUGAGUGGUAAAAUACAACAUCAAAUGUUACAAAAAAAUGAGUGAGAAUAAUAUUUGCCUUAAUGUAAUCUGAGAAGCUCCUUGCGAAGCCUACACAACAUUAAAUAUCUCUGUUCCUGCGACUGGCAAUACAUGCCAAAAGAAAACAAACAAACAAACAAACAAACAAACAAAUCAGGAUUAGACUUUGCUAUUUUACUUUUAAAAAUAAAAAAUGACAAAAUAUUCCUUUUAAGGCAUUUGAUACCUAAUCAAAGUAGAAAAACCUACUGAUUCAUUUUUGUUUUUUUCUACCUCUCUUUCCAUGCUCUAUUCCACAUAAUCCAUUAACUUUGUAAUAUUGAUGCGGGUAAUUGAGACAUAACAUUUCUAUUUCUUCUUACUGUUGUGAUAUGGUGUGCAUAUGUAAAAGACUUUGUUGACAGUGUGAACAUCUGAAGAUGAAAAGACUUUGUGCAGGAUAAAGUAAAAUGAGUUGCCAAUGCUACAAGGAAAAAAAACUUUUCAAAUACGUGAACCUUUGGGAGAAAAUUGCGGUGCAUCCUCUCUAAUGAUGUACCAUAAUUGGGCAGAAAAAGAAGAAGAAGAAGUAGAAGGUCUUUUUCACCCUCAGCGUUCAUCGCCACUAUGGGAUUUCAGACAGUAACCUAAAUCACCACAGCCACAAGGUUCACGACAUAAGGAGAGAUACUGCACAGUUUCCAAUCAAACAAGAUGCAACUGUGUAGCAUUUCUGAACUCACUGUUGGGUAAGAAUACAGGCAUGCAAAGGGAUUUGAACUCAUUUUGCUCUAUGUGUCAAGCCUUGAAGGUGGUAUCCAUGGCACAAAUCAGGCACAAUUCCAUGUGUACAUAAAAUGAUCUUUUGUUUUGUUUGCAGUGAGAACCUUCCUCACUGUGCUGGGUGGUUUAUUAACCAGCCACUGAUACCAAAGAUUUCUCUGCUUGCCAGUCCAGUCCAGUGUUGUCAAGGGAGGAUUAUAGCACACCACAGCACAACCAUUAUACACCAGAGGAAAAACUUUUCUUUGACACACACAUACACAUACACAUUUACAGACAGUGCAGUUAGACUGCAAAGUGCCACACUGCAAAGAGGGAGGUGGCAACUAUGCAGACAUUUGAGUGCCUUUUUCCUUCAACUGCAGCUGGACCUACACUUACAAAUGUAUCUAAUAUUUCUCAUUAUGAGAUUAUGAUAAAUAUCAGAUUAUUAAGCAUGGUUCUAGACUUUCUUAUUCUACUGACAAAUAAUUUUGCUAAUUUUCUAGAAAGAAAAAUAUCUUGCCAAUACAACAAGACACUGUCAAGAUAGAAAUGGACUUAAUUUUCAAAUAUUUGCUUACUCAUAAUCUCAAGAUCUCAUAAGGGGAAAUAUUAUUUUUACUUCCUUUCAUUCUGGACCUCAUGUAAGCGAUGCCUCACCUAAUCCCAAAGGAAAGCGACCUGUCCUCCACACAGUAAUAUAACCAUGGUUUCAUACGGAACCUGCCAGUAAAUUAAACUACAGUGAGGUCCAAAAGUCUGACAUUGAAAUCCGGGAUUUUUUAAAAAACUGGAAAUAAACUGAAAAGUUAUUUAGUAUUGGAAUUUUAAAAUUCUAAAACAAAAAAGGAAAUAUGCAACAUCUUGACCAUUCAAUAUUCAAGAUGUUACACAAUUUCUAGGUCACUAUUUAAAUUAAAGCAAAUUUGUGAUUAUUGACCAUGUUAACUCCAUGGUACAAAAUAUCAGAUUUUCUAUUAGUCUUAUCCCUUCCAUUGAAACAGAUGUUCAGAUGACACACCGAUGGAUUUGAUCUAAUGUGGAUCAUCAGGUUUUACAUAGAAUUGUGGAGUCGGUGUCAGCUCCAGUGCACACUGUCAUUAAAGCAAAAAUGGGACAUAGUAAAUACUAAGAAAUUAUGAAAUUCAUGUAAAUAUUUCUAAGAUUCUACUUUUCUCUCAAGUUUGUUAUAGGUUUAUGCAAAAAUUGAGACUGUAAAUAACUAUAUCUCUAAAAAUUGCCUUCCUAAACUAAAAUAUGAACAAAUUGACACCUGAAUCACAUAUAUCAGAACAUUAAUUGUCCCAAUCUAGCAAAUAGCCUUUAUUGUCAUGACCUGAUUUUAUUAUUACAAACUCAUAAAACAUUUUAAUAAACCAAGAAGACUUGAUGUGGUUAGGUUUUAUGAUGAAGGCUGUAACUGGCACUCUGUGGCCUUCAGAAGUUGGCUGAUGUCCAUUUGCUUUCAAUAUAGUUAAAAAAAAAGUCAAGUGAAUUAUUUUACUGUAGAUAAUGUGUGAGAAUUGUCAUUCCAUGAUUAGGCUAUCAUUAGUUUUAGGCCUCUGACUGGCCUAACAAUACUUAAAUAAGACCCAGUAAUAAUCCCACAUUAACAUUAAUGUAUCUACAGGCAUUUUAUGUUCUCAGUCAGUGUUUAUGUUCAAAAACAAAUCAGUAAAUAACAAACAGAACAUUGUCAAACAUUUCCAUGGAGCA